UCCAGGUUUGUGUGUGACUCGCACAGGACUGGGAGAGACUGACGGGGGUGACGUGCGAUUAUCGGGAAUUUUUCCCACUCCGUCGAUUUUUAGGAGCCCGCAAGUGUGUCAUUUUUCGACAGGCUCUGGCGUACAAAUUUUACGCCUUAAAUAUCCAUUUACUCUAGUCGGAUGCAAAGAAACGAGCGAUGAAAUCUGCGCGUGGACUGUAAAUACGGAUCCGGCUAGCUAGCAGGUUAGCCUGCCCAAUUAAGCUAGUUAGUGCGCUUAGCUAAUUAACUUUGCGGAUUUUGCAUCCCUAAAAUCAAAUGUUUGCACGGUAGUUCGUGUUAUAUGGACGCACGGUGUUUUUAAAAGCGCAGAUGGCUGUGGUCUGCCACCUGUCGCCGUGUGUUAGUUAGGGAUCCGGGCAUCUGAUGGACAGUGUUUCGGUGAGUCUGGGCACCGGGGCGGUUAACUUAGCGAGACAGCAGAGGACAGCACGGAUGUCGUGGCAAGCUCAUUUGUCCCUCAGGGACUCUAGUUGGUAGUCAUCUCGGAUUAUCAAACAGGGCUCGGGUAGGUCUGUUUGUGAGGGAAUUUUUUUGCGUGGAGUGAGGGAUUCACACACAGCUGGCCUGCGAUUCUCAACCAGCGUUUGGCCUGGUUUGAUAGACAGAUCUGUUUGUAUGAGCACGCCGGGGUUGUGUUUGUGUAGUUUUCUGUGUUGAUUCAUUGUUUGGAGUAAACCACAAGACAUCCUGGUUUUAGAUUGAGUGCAAGAAAAGUGCCAGGGCCCUAUCGUCACAUAUAGGCCCAUCAUUGGAGCUCACCGUAUAGGCGUUUCAUGCAUUAAAAGGCCUGGAUCGCUGCAUUUUCAAACAUCACGCUCCAUAAAUCUAUCCCGUUACUUUGUCUCAUUUGCGAAGAGAGGCAAACAGAAGAAGUGUGCCAGAUCAGGGUUGGGAUCUCCAAACGUUGCGGUGAUGACUCUGGAGUCCAUGAUGGCCUGUUGCAUGAGUGAAGAAGCGAAGGAGUCCAAGAGAAUCAACGCCGAGAUCGACAAACAACUCCGGAGAGACAAACGAGAUGCGAGACGAGAGCUUAAACUUCUGCUUCUGGGCACAGGCGAGAGCGGCAAAAGCACGUUCAUCAAACAGAUGCGCAUCAUUCACGGGACGGGCUACACCGACGAGGACAAACGUGGCUUUACCAAAUUAGUCUACCAGAACAUCUUCACUUCGAUGCAGGCCAUGAUCCGCGCAACCGAGCAUCUCAAAAUCCCGUUCAAAUACGAAGACAACAAGGCCAAUGCUCAGCUGGUGCGCGAGGUUGAUGUAGAGAAGAUUUCCUCCUUUGACCAGCCCUACAUCAGUGCAAUAAAGAUGCUAUGGACGGAUCCAGGCAUCCAGGAAGCCUACGACCGCAGGAGAGAGUAUCAGCUCUCUGAUUCCACUAAGUACUAUCUAAGUGAUUUGGAUCGUAUCGCAGACCCAUCGUAUCUGCCGACUCAGCAAGACGUGCUUAGGGUUCGCAUCCCAACCACAGGGAUUAUUGAAUAUCCCUUCGACUUGCAAAGCAUCAUUUUCAGGAUGGUGGAUGUUGGUGGACAGAGAUCUGAGCGCAGGAAGUGGAUCCACUGCUUCGAGAACGUCACGUCCAUCAUGUUCCUGGUUGCCUUGAGCGAAUAUGACCAGGUCCUUGUGGAGUCUGACAAUGAGAAUCGAAUGGAAGAGAGCAAAGCUCUGUUUCGCACAAUCAUCACGUACCCCUGGUUCCAGAACUCUUCAGUCAUUCUUUUCCUCAACAAAAAAGACUUGCUGGAGGAGAAGAUCAUGUACUCGCACCUGGUGGACUACUUUCCAGAGUUUGAUGGUCCGCAGAGGGACGCCCAGGCAGGCCGUGAGUUUAUCUUGAAAAUGUUCGUGGACCUCAACCCAGACAGCGACAAGAUCAUCUACUCGCACUUCACCUGCGCCACGGACACGGAAAACAUCCGCUUCGUCUUCGCGGCCGUCAAGGACACCAUCCUGCAGCACAACCUCAAAGAGUAUAACCUAGUGUGAGAGAGAGAGAGAGAAAGAGACACCUGCAGCCCACAUACGGCCGAAAGCACUACACACCUCUAUGUAUUACACAUGCAGAAACACACACGCGCAGGAAACGUAUCGCGAAUGUGCGGACACACCUUCACUCCAUUAGGCACUGGAUCUUCACGUUCAUAGCCCUUCAUAGCCGACUCUUUUUGGCGUACCCUAAGUUGAUAGCUUCAUCGUCCACUCCUCCUCAUUGGUCCGACUUGGUCAUACUGACUUGGUGAGGGCUGGGUCGCUUAUCUGGUGCCUAAUGAUAAAGAGCAUAAUAUGUUUGCUCAGUAGAUGGGCUGUAGGUGAGCUCUACCUGAGGUACAAACUUUACGGAUACGCUUUGGGUGGAGAUACGAGAGAGGGCGAGAUUCUCGCGAAAGGACAGAUCUAAACUUCACCUUUUAUCACUGAAUUUAACUAGGUGUCAGUUUUUUAAUCGAAUGCUACAACACUAGGAGGUGGGGGUGACUAAAUGAUUUGAUUUAAUACUAUGUUAGGGGUGAUGUAUAAAAUUAUAAGGUGUACUUUGAGAAAAGAUGGUGCACGUUUGACUUUAACCUUUUCCGUAAUGCUAGAAAGAUAAAUAACGAAAACCACAUCUUGGUUUUAGGUGUAAUUUUCUUUUGUUCAAACCUGUUUUUACAACUCUAACCAAGUUCUUGCUUCCCGAAAGUGUUUUAAAAAGUUUGCUCGCCACAAUACCUAGUUCAGUCCUAUAGUCACUAAAUUUCUUGUUUUGGAGGCGAACCAUUUCUUUUUACAUUCAAAUAUUUGCCAGUAUUGUGUGUGAUCAGUAAAGGGAUAAAGCUAGUAUUGAAAAAUAUAUAUCUAUAUAUUUACAGAAGUUUGUGAAAGAUCGUGAUUUUGUUUACAUGCUUUGUCACAAAUCACUUUUCAGUCUUUGGUCGUCGACCAAAAAAUGAAAUAAAAACCUUUCCCACCCAAGUUUCUGUGCAGUGCAACACGAAUGUUCACGUGAUGAUACAAAUAUGCUUGUUCGGCAAGGGUGCGUCACGGCGAAAUCGGUUAGUUUUUUAAUUUAUGUAAUUUAUGGACCAGAUAUAUAAAUAAUGUGGAAAAUCAAACUCGCUUUCCAUGUGACCGCACCACAGUGUAAGCGAGGAUUGAGUCUCUACUGCUGUAAAAAUGAAUCCAUCGCGAAGUGAUUUAUUUUUCGGUAUAUUUUGCGCAAUCGUCACGUUUUUUUCCUUGAAAUGCUUGAAAAUGGGAAGUCGAAAUUCCAUUUCAUGAACGUCGCUUUAUGCAAAUAGGAACUUGAGAAUUUGUCAGUGGUUGAAAUCUAGAUUGGCCUCCGCUUGCGUUUGUCAUUUGACAGUCGGCUUUCGGCUUCGUAGAACCAUAUCUUUGUUCUCGCUUGAUCUGCUUUUUGGAUUCAAUAGCUAACUUUUUUUUGGUCUUUAAAAUGUAAUUCAGGUGAGUUUUCAUACUUUCAUUACAAGGGCUAACUAUGGGCAAAGCUGACUGAAUGAGAAGACUCUAUGAAGAGCAAUAGGUACGCCGAAGUGAGAAUCAGGGACAGCGUGGUAAUGUCCGGGAGUUGCCGUCGCUGUAGGUUUAGCUUGCAAUGCAUCCAGGGAAUUGAAGUUUUUGAUUUUGUAGGCCCACUUGAAUGGAUAAAGUCGUCUUAGGAAAAUGUAUUACGCGUUGAUAAUUUCUAAAAGAAGUAAGCUAAGCUUUUGAAUGAAUUGUCUUCUCUGGAUUAAUGUUAGGUUAAUUGUGUUAGUCGAGGGCUAUAACCAUUUUCCUUGGUGGUAGAUGGUGUUUUCUUUCCACUAAUCUUGUCGCACUUUUUUGCCAUGGAUGGUCCAAAGUGGAUGAAUUGUGUAGGCCCAUUUGCUCAUCAGUUCAUUGCACGCCUGCGUUUUACUGUUUUUGCCCGAUGUAUAGCACACAUACGGAGUCGGUUUCGCUCUGUUUGUACCACUGCAAAAAAUAGUAAUUUGAGAAAUUUGAAUAGUUUUCGAAAUCGCUCAUGUAAAAACUUAUUAAAUAUGUGAACCACAAUGGUCACUUUGGUGAAUAAAUUUCAAUAAUUUGUAUUGCUUGUAAUUUGAAUGUAUUUUAGGAUGUGAUGAUUACUUGCUUAAGAAGUGUCGGGACUGUGCCCAACAUGGUAAUUCAUAAGUUUUUCCACAACCACAGCUGUACAUAUUUGCCAUUUUGUUGCAUUUUAAAUAACUCUCUUAGUCUACUUUACAUAUACAUAUAUAUAUAGAUAUAAUAUACGUUUAAAACUUUCAGUGCAUUUUACAAAUUGAAUUUGCCAAAUUGUCAGAACAUUUGUAUUCAUUAACCAGAACAAUCUUUAUGUGCCAGGCCAGUUAAGCUGCUUAAUUUUUUGGUUGUUUUAUCCAAACAUCUGAAAUUUGCAUCUGUAAGGUUUGCAUUUCUUUUCAACUGUGUUUACUUCGAUGGAACGGUACUGUCAGUAGUUUAAUGCCAACAAUUUCAAAGUUUUUCUUUGUAAUUAAAAGUAGUGGAAGUUUGUAAAUACAGGCUUUAUUUUAAAGGGCUACGCCUAAUCUUCACCUGAGAAACGUUUUUCUUUAUGCAGCCGAGAAACACUACAGCCAGUUGUUUUAAUUCCCAUUAAGUAUCGCAAAACAUCAGAAUAUGUUGUGCAAAUGGUUAAAAAUAGCUUUGAUAUUCACGAGCUGUCCAAACACGUACUGUUUUAAGGUGUUUAUGGUGAAGGUCAAUGUAUUUUUCCUCCCUGGGUCAAUGCACUGAACCGACUUUGCAGUAAUGGAACUAAAUCCACUUUAUGUGAUGUAUUAAAGUACAAACUUCAAACUUGUUCCUGGUACUCGGUGAGAUACAGAAACACUAAUGAAUAGAAAUGAUGCUUUAUCUUGAGGUCCACACUGAUGUGAUGGAUGUACACAAUAUGAAGCUUUUUCUUAUUUACUCUUUUUUUUCUGAUGUUGAUGCAUUACCUGAACACUUGUAUGUAGGACACUUUAAUAUAAUACAUUUGUUUUGAUAAAACAGGUUAAAAUAAACUUUUGUGUAGUGGUGUAUAAAAUCAAAGUAUUGUUUUACUUUGUAAUGUAUUUCUCGUUUGGUUGGUUGCUUUUUUUGUUUGUUUGUUUUUCUUUCUUUUUUUUAAAGCAUACCAAAUGUAAAUGAUGUACUAUAUUGAGUGUGCCAAUCCCUUUGAUUUGUAGAGCCAGACUCUUUACAAGUGCCAAUGUUGUGGAAAUCAUUUAAAAAGGACUUGUGUAUUUUAUGGUCCGGUUUUUAAAAACAAAUAAACAUUAAGUAUGUGAUUAUGGUAAAUACGCAACAGGAAAAGGACAAUUUUAUUCUGUAUUUAAGAUUAAAGGUGACAAACUGCUGUUUUUAAAAAGAAGUGACAUUUUAAUUGCAUGUCUUUGUUUUCAGUGGUGCGGGUCGGGUCGAGGAGAUACUGUAUUAACACGAAACCCUGCUGACAGGGAGCUUAAUUCUUCUUCAUUUACAGUAUUUUAGACAUAUUGCUCUUUUGUAUGUUUCAUUUCAACCACUGUUGCCUGAACCUCAUUCAUACAUGAAAAUGACUUUCAUAGCCUUCUCCUUUAAAGAAAAAAUAUCCAUUUUAAAUUGGAAUAAAAUUUGUUCCUAUA